CUCCGCGCAUGCGCGAGGCGAGGCAGGGGCGCGUGCGCGACGGGAGCGGGGACGCGCGCGGGGAACUGCAGCCGGCGAGCAGUGGACGCGGCGGCCAAGAUGGCGGGCCGGAGUAUGCAAGCAGCCCGGUGCCCUACAGAUGAACUGUCACUAACCAACUGCGCAGUUGUGAAUGAAAAGGAUUUCCAGUCUGGCCAGCAUGUGAUAGUGAGGACUUCACCCAAUCACAGGUACACAUUCACCCUGAGGACCCAUCCAUCUGUGGUUCCAGGGAGCAUCGCCUUCAGCUUACCUCAGAGAAAAUGGGCUGGACUUUCUAUUGGACAAGAAAUAGAUGUAUCCUUAUAUACAUUCGACAAGGCCAAACAGUGUAUUGGCACAAUGACCAUCGAGAUCGACUUCCUGCAGAAAAAAAGCAUUGACUCCAACCCUUAUGAUACUGAUAAGAUGGCAGCAGAGUUUAUUCAGCAGUUCAACAACCAGGCAUUCUCCGUGGGGCAGCAGCUUGUGUUUAGCUUCAACGAAAAGCUAUUUGGCUUGGUGGUAAAAGACAUUGAAGCCAUGGACCCUAGCAUCUUGAAGGGAGAGGCUGCAUCAGGGAAAAAACAGAAGAUUGAAGUAGGAUUGGUCGUUGGAAACAGUCAAGUUGCAUUUGAAAAAGCAGAAAAUUCAUCCCUCAAUCUUAUUGGUAAAGCUAAAACUAAGGAAAAUCGCCAAUCUAUCAUCAAUCCUGACUGGAACUUUGAGAAAAUGGGGAUAGGCGGUCUGGAUAAGGAAUUUUCAGAUAUUUUUCGACGGGCAUUCGCUUCCCGAGUGUUUCCUCCUGAGAUUGUGGAGCAGAUGGGCUGUAAACAUGUUAAAGGCAUCCUGUUAUAUGGGCCUCCCGGUUGUGGUAAAACUCUCCUGGCACGACAAAUCGGCAAGAUGUUGAAUGCCAGAGAGCCCAAGGUGGUCAACGGGCCAGAAAUUCUCAACAAAUAUGUGGGUGAAUCGGAGGCAAACAUUCGGAAGCUCUUCGCUGAUGCUGAGGAGGAGCAGAGGAGGCUGGGUGCGAACAGCGGUUUGCACAUCAUCAUCUUCGAUGAGAUCGAUGCCAUUUGCAAGCAGAGAGGGAGCAUGGCCGGCAGCACGGGCGUCCACGACACUGUUGUCAACCAGCUGCUAUCCAAGAUCGAUGGGGUGGAGCAGCUGAACAACAUUUUAGUCAUUGGAAUGACCAACAGACCAGACCUAAUAGACGAAGCUCUCCUUCGACCUGGAAGGCUGGAAGUUAAAAUGGAGAUUGGUUUGCCGGAUGAGAAAGGCCGUCUGCAGAUCCUGCACAUCCACACGGCCCGGAUGAGAGGGCACCAGCUGCUCUCUGCGGAUGUGGACAUCAAGGAACUGGCCAUCGAGACCAAGAACUUCAGUGGUGCUGAGCUGGAAGGUCUGGUGCGAGCUGCGCAGUCCACAGCUAUGAACAGACACAUAAAGGCCAGUACUAAAGUGGAAGUAGACAUGGAAAAAGCGGAGAGCUUGCAAGUGACAAGAGGAGAUUUUCUUGCUUCUUUGGAAAACGAUAUCAAACCAGCAUUUGGCACAAACCAGGAGGAUUAUGCAAGUUACAUUAUGAAUGGUAUCAUCAAGUGGGGCGACCCAGUUACCCGAGUUCUCGAGGAUGGGGAGCUGCUUGUUCAGCAAACCAAGAACAGUGACCGCACGCCCCUGGUCAGCGUCCUGCUGGAAGGCCCUCCUCACAGCGGCAAGACCGCCCUAGCUGCAAAGAUUGCGGAGGAGUCCAACUUCCCCUUCAUCAAGAUCUGCUCUCCUGAUAAGAUGAUUGGCUUCUCUGAGACAGCCAAGUGUCAGGCCAUGAAGAAGAUCUUUGACGAUGCGUACAAAUCCCAGCUGAGUUGCGUGGUUGUGGAUGACAUUGAAAGGCUGCUUGAUUAUGUUCCCAUUGGCCCUCGAUUCUCUAACCUGGUAUUACAGGCUCUUCUUGUGUUGCUGAAAAAGGCGCCUCCUCAGGGCCGCAAGCUUCUUAUCAUUGGGACCACUAGCCGCAAAGAUGUGCUUCAGGAGAUGGAAAUGCUUAACGCCUUCAGCACCUCCAUCCACGUGCCCAACAUUGCCACAGGAGAGCAGUUGCUGGAGGCUCUGGAGCUUUUGGGCAACUUCAAAGAUAAGGAGCGCACCACUAUCGCCCAGCAAGUUAAAGGGAAGAAGGUCUGGAUCGGGAUCAAGAAGCUGCUGAUGCUAAUUGAGAUGUCCCUCCAGAUGGACGCGGAAUACCGUGUGAGAAAGUUCUUGGCUCUUUUACGAGACGAAGGCGCUCAUCCCUUUGACUAUGAAAGCGAACACUUUUCAACAUAGCGUGACCAAGAGAUGUGACUGCAGUGGGGAGAGACCGGACUCUUCCCUCAGCCACUCAAGAUACCGAACUCAGUGAAACGUGUCCUGCCUCAACCUGUGCUCGCCCUGCAUGACCAGUGCAAUCAACUCCCCCUCCUCUCGCUUAGCGAGCUCGGCCGCUGCUUUGUGGAAGGUUCGAUCUGCUAUAGAAUUCUGUGCUGCCCUUUCUGUGCAAGCUGAGAUGAGUCCUUCUUCCUUGGUCUUCGAGUGUGUGUGUGUAUAUGUGUGUGUGUGUGCGCGUGCGCACGCGAGUAUAGGGAGUGGGGAGUACGGUACCCACUGUAUUUGUGAACACUACCUUUUAAGCUCCCUCCUACCACUACCACAAACUCUCAGAGAAAAUAACACUUGGCCUGUCAGAAGGAACAUUGUGAACCAAGAACAAGUAUGAACCAGAGGAGAGUAGUGGGCUCAGAUUCAGUGUUCCUGUGCUAACACUAUCAGGCUGUGAGAGGUCUUUGGUUCAAGGGUCCUAGAGAGCCGGUUAUCACUUUCACCUGAAAAAACAGUGCUUGACCUUUCCAAGAUGCUUGUCUCCAUCAUUAGCUGAAGCUAUUUCCCGGAUGCAAUCGAGAUGUUCCUAAAGAGAGAGUCAGGUCAGAAUUGAGUUGGCGGUGGCACCCUUGGUCGAGGUUGGGAGCCUGUGACACAGAUGUUGGGUGCAGUGUGCAGUCCGCCCCUAGACGGGGAGGCGUGGUCACUCCUGUCCCCCACAACCCCUCUGUGCUAAUGAGCAUCCUCGUCACGUGGGCCAGCUCCUUUGUAGAAUAAUCGGGGCUAAUCAGGGCCGCCACUUUCCUUUCUUCCCAAAUUUAUGGACUUAGACUGUGCCCUUCCCUUGCUUUAAAUUAUUAGCUGCACUACCUGGCAUCUCGAUGAGCCACUUUCCCUCCCCACCCCGAGGUCCCUGAGCCUUCAUUCCAGUACUGAACACAUUUCCUUUGCCCGCUGCCACCCUCCGGGAAGGGCCGUGGGUGGCCGGUCUGAGUCCAGCCCUCCCCAGGGAUGGGAUUUUAGGGGCAGGCCACUCUCUCCCCUGUGCUGCUUCUAACCCCAGGCAGAGAGGGUGGAUGCCACCUGCCUCAUGCAGCUGCAGCAGAAGGCAAAUUUCUCCAGGACUUACUCUCUGUGUAUGUUUGCGUGUGACUCGUGUAUCAGACCUACUCUGUGCAGAAUUUUCACUUCCAGCUUAUUUUGUGGCUUUUUCAAGUGUGGACUGACUGUAUUAUAAAAGGCCCUGAUCCCAGUGGCUGGUCCCCACACUCCCCGAACCCCUUGUUUGUUUAAGCCCUGCCCUCGCCCUUCUCCCCCACAAAGUGAAGCACAUCGUGUACCCACUUCUGUCUCUUGUGAAGUGAGGCUGACGUCUUUGUUGUAUCCAAAACUAUAUUGAGAAAUAAAAAUACUAUAUUGUUUAAUGCAAAUGAAGGAAUGCAAUAAAGAGUACGUAUCCUUGAAAA